CGUUUCAAUGUUGAAAGCACAGUGCGCUGUUUACUGCGGGCUGCACGGCGCGUAUUCAAUCACACUGCGCUUCGGACUCCAGGAGCGAUGGCAUUCUGUUCUAUCUGCUGUCUUUUGGUUUUCGUCGCUCACUAUGGACUGGCGGGACUCGUUGUUGACGCUUUUCCGACGUUACACACCGCGGAACCGGGCGGGAAUAUCACGCUGAAAUGCGGAGUUGAUACAAGGAAAAUAAACGCUAAUCUAUAUGCCGUUACCUGGUACCGGCAGGAGCCGGAUGGGCGAAUCCAGAUGAUCACAUACCUGAGUACUGGCUACAUAAAAGAGGGUCGGUAUUCCGGAGGAAUCGACAGCAAGAACGGACAGUAUAAUUUAACCAUUGCGGGCCUCCACAGAAACGACUCGGCCGUGUAUUUCUGUAUAGCGAGAGCAGCAGCUCUCCAAUUCGCACCCGGGUCCAGCACCAAACUCGUUGUAUCAGACCCCCUGACUGUCCCGAGUGUGGAGUUAUACUCUCCGGGUCUGUUUGAAGGCGAUUCGGACUGGACCGAGCCGGUUCCGGUGCUGUGUUUGGUGAGAGACACGUCUCCGGGGCGGCACCGAGUCCUCUGGACUAUCGGCGCCGAGGCAGACGCGCCGGGCAGCGCGGAGGAGGGAGAGAUCGAACCCGACGGGUCCUAUAGCGUGCGCAGCUACGUCACAAUCAGCGCAGAUCAUUGGAACAGCGGCGCUGUAAAGUGCGAGGUUUACAACAACAUCACCAACGUCACAGAAAAAGUCUCCGCGUCACUCCGAAGGCAAGAUUGCGUUCCUGUGUUGUUUUACGGACUGCCCCCCUUUCUCCUGCUAAUUCUGGUCCUGGUGUCUGUGGCGUGUGUUUACAGAAGACUUCAUAAAACUAAAACCGAUCACAAGUCCAGCGAUGCUCCCUGCCGUCCCCAGCGCCCCGCCCGACACAGAACAGUCCAGGAUUACUCGACGGAGUACGCAUCGCUCAAUCUGUGAUGCUGAUCUAUAAAUGCAGCCGUGGAGAUGUUUGUAUUGUGGAGAGAGAGAGAGAGAGAGAGAGAGAGAGAGAGAGAGGGGGAGAGAGAGGGAGAGAGAGAGAGAGAGCUGUAUACUCUUUCAAUUCCAAGUCCAAUUCUCUGUGCAUUUACAUAGUAGUUAGUAAAUACAUGCGUAACACAAUUACAAUGUUAUUUUGCAUUGUUACAAUGUACUUACAGUGGAAAUCUCUGUGCUUGAUAUAACCCUAUCCCUAACACUAACCCUAACCCUUUGCUGAUACCGCUGUGUACUUGCAUAUAUUGUGCAAAAAGACAUCCACACUAAGCACUUUGUAACUAUGCAUAAUACCAUUGUAAUGAUGUGCCAGUCUGCAUGCAUUUACCAAAUACAAAGUAAUGAGAGACACUUCAUGUAAAAUAUUAAAUUUGCAGACGACACAAAAAUAGGAGGAGUGGCAAACUCUGUUGCAGCAGCAAAGGUCAUUUAAAAUAAUCUAGACAGCAUUCAGAACUGGGCAGACACAUGGCAAAUGACAUUUAAUAGAAAAAAGUGUAACGUAUUGCACGCAGGCAAUAAAAAUGUGCAUUAUAAAUAUCAUAUGGGAGACACUGAAAUUAAAGAAGGGAACUAUGAAAAAGACCUAGGAGUUUAUGUUGACUCAGAAAUGUCUUCAUCUAGACAAUGUGGGGAAGCUAUAAAAAAGGCCAACAAGAUAC